CGUGCCGAUUGAACUCGUCACUGAAUCAACAUGGCGGCUGCUAGGGCACUCGCAAGAGGUGUCCGAUUGGGUUCAUAUAGCAUCGCUAGAAGUCGCAGUUUAAUAUUUAACAGUGUACAGAGACGAGGAAUAGCAGCUUGCAUUGAUCCCUCCAUAGGACUCACAGAUGAACAAAAAGAGUUUCAAAAGGUGGCAUUUGACUUUGCUGCCAAUGAGAUGGCGCCACACAUGGCAGAAUGGGACCAGAAGGAAAUGUUCCCCGUGGAGGCCAUGAGGAAAGCCGCCCAGCUGGGGUUCGGUGGGAUUUACGUGAACCCUGACGUUGGGGGGUCUGGACUCUCUCGUCUGGACACCUCUAUAAUAUUUGAGGCUUUAUCCACAGGCUGUGUCAGCACUACAGCGUACAUCAGUAUUCACAACAUGUGUGCCUGGAUGAUUGACACGUUUGGAAACCAUGAGCAGAGGGAGAAGUUCUGCCCCGAUCUCUGCUCUAUGCAGAAGUUUGCCUCGUACUGCCUCACAGAACCCGGUAGCGGGAGCGAUGCUGCUUCACUUCUAACAAGUGCAAAGCUCCAAGGAGAUCAUUAUAUCCUGAAUGGCUCCAAGGCGUUCAUCAGCGGAGGUGGAGACACGGAUGUUUACGUGGUGAUGUGCAGGACGGGUGGGAAGGGAGCUAAGGGCAUCUCCUGUCUGGUGGUGGAAAAGGGAACCCCUGGACUCAGCUUUGGCAAGAAAGAGAAGAAGGUAGGUUGGAACUCUCAGCCAACCAGAGCUGUGAUACUGGAGGACUGCGCCGUCCCGGUGACCAAUCGGCUUGGAGCAGAGGGGGAGGGCUUCAACAUCGCCAUGAAAGGCCUUAAUGGAGGCAGAAUUAAUAUUGCUUCUUGUUCCCUCGGGGCGGCUCACGCUUCUGUGCUUCUGGCCCGGGAUCACAUGCGUGUGCGGAAACAGUUCGGAGAAACACUAUCGAACAGCCAGUUCCUGCAGUUCAAGCUGGCUGAGAUGGCCACCAAGCUGGUAGCUUCUCGUCUGCUGGUCCGUCAGGCGGCGCUGGCUCUGCAGGAGGACCGGCCCGAGGCCGUCUCGCUCUGCUCCAUGGCCAAACUCUUCGUGACGGAUGAAUGUUUUUCUAUAUGUAACCAGGCUUUACAGAUACAUGGAGGUUACGGUUACCUAAAGGACUACGCGGUGCAGCAGUACGUCAGAGACAUUAGAGUGCAUCAGAUACUGGAGGGUACUAAUGAAGUGAUGAGGAUGAUCAUUGCGAGAAGUUUGCUCACCGAGUCGUGAUGCUGAUUUAUGGUCUCCUGUAUCGGACUAAACCAUCUCUUCGUUGUCUAAAAUGUUGAUCACACAUGUAGGGUUAAGUGACUGUAAUGUAUUUCUAUGUCCCACACGUGACUGCAGAGAUCUGGUCUUCCACACUCCCGUGUCUGUCGAUUUUGAUCAGGAGGCAUCAACGGUGUUUUAUGCAGAAAGUUUGUGCCUUAAUCUUGUGAAUUUGUAAAUGUAGAUUACAGCGUUUCUUAUAAAAGCACACCGACUCAUUCGAUUUGUUACGAAAUAUAAAACACAGCUAAGAUUUAAGUGAAACAUUUAGAAAAGUUACUGAAGCCGUUUAGUUUAAAUCAUGUAGUUAAGGCUAACAAAUCCUCAAAUCUGUUUCUUUAAGUACAUAUAGAUAUCAGAUUAAUUCGAUGUUAGCACAGACAGUCCAAUUAUUUCAAAUCGGGCAUUAUAUUGUUUGUCUUUAUUAUAUAAUAUAAAUAAAUGUUACUUCUGUGGCUUAAGCUGAUGUGCACCUUGUUAAAUAAAAAAGCUGUUUGGUGAAACUUUCCACAAA